AUGGCACAGAAACCCCCGGCGCAGAAGCCCAAAUGGGGCAUGGGCUCCUUUCUGCAGCAGGCUGUUGCGGGCGUCGAGUCGCGGUUGGACCUGAUUCUGGCGGACCCAGAGGAUCUACCCUCGUCGAAGCCCGUGACAGCAGAGAAGAGUCUGGGGGAGAGUGGAGCUCGUCAGCUCGAGGUUCUACAGGCGGUGUCACGAAGUUCCUCCAACGCGCGGAAAAAUGACCGUUUACAAGAGCGUCUUGCCCGAGCAAUGGUCAAGUCAAAUGCUUCGGGAACCCUCGCCGGGCAGUCGUCUUCGAGCCGCAUGUCAUCCCCGAUCAUCAGCCCGGCGCCAAGCAGCGAUGCAAGGUCUAGCAUGGAUAUCGAGCCUGCGUUAGAUGCGGCCGCCGUGGACGUUGAGGAUCGCAUGCAGAACCGGGCUUCCCUUGAUGAGGCGCCCAGAGCCAGCUUUGACUCGAAGCACUCAAAGGAUGUGAGCGAGAUGGCGGAGGGGGACUCCUCAAAUAAGGAUGCACUUGACGGCACGGCUGUUGCUAAAGACACCGAAAACCCCCAGAGUUUGGAACUAGACUCCGAGAAGGCUAUUGAAGUGGAAGAGGCACAAAUAAUGGUGGACGAUACUCCACAGGUGACAAAUGAUUCCGGAGCAACGAUCGCACUCGCCGAGCACCAGGCAGCCGAAUUGCGAUGGCAAGAAGAGAUGCACGGCUAUAUUGAACGUAUCGACGCCUUGCAGUCUAAACUAAAGUAUCUUGCCAAAGAAGCUGCCGAAUCGGCGAACCAGGCGGCGGCCUCGGCUGCUCCGGGGAGUGUUGAAAAACGGCUACUGGAAAAGGAUCAGAGGAUCGCGCUGCUGCUUGAAGAAGGACAGAAACUCUCCAAAUCCGAGCUGGACCACCGCACGGCACUCAAGAAGCUCCGUCACCAGCUGUCUGAGAACAACAAGGCCCAGGCAGAAACCAGAAAACAUAGCGACCGGCUUGAACGAGAUCUCGCGAUCGCCGAAGCGAAAACGAAACGAACCGAAGCAUCAGAGAAACGUGCGAGCGAUGCCCUGAACUCCCAGAAUAAGGCACUGCGAGAAUUGGACUUGGUUACUGCGGAGCGGGACACUCUGAGCCAGACCGUGCAGGAGAUGAAGGCUCAGCUCGCUCGCGCUGUCUCGCGCGCCGAGGCGGCAGAGGUCAAGGCCCAGUCAGACGCGCUAGAACAGGAACGUCGUCGGGUUGCACAGUUGGAGGAGAACCUAACUAGCGCGAAUAUAGAACGGGAGAUCUCUGAGGAGAAGAUGCGGCGUGAGAUCGAAGACCUGAAGAAGAGCGUGGAACAGGAGAAGGAAAAGGCUCGGAUGCAGGAGAUGGAGCUGAAAAGCGAGCAGGCCGUGCUUGAGAGCAAGAUGGAAAGUUUGCGGUCCAGGGCGGAGGAGGCCUCGUCCGGUGUUGCCGGAGACACACAAGCCAAGCUGCUCCGACAGAUCGAGACUUUACAAACGCAGUAUGCGGUCGCGAGUGAGAACUGGCAGACGCUGGAAAGUUCGCUCAUGUCUCGGCUGUCAAACGUGGAAAGGGAACGGGAUGAGGUUGCACGGCGCGAGGGUGAUUUGAGACGAAAGCUACGUGAAACGAACCUCAAAGCCAAGAGGGUAGGAGAAGAUUUGGAAUCUGCCCGAGAGCGCCAGCAAGAGCUGGAGAGUCGCAUUGAGCUCCACCAACAGGAAAUCCAGAAGCUGGAGCAGCGGCUCCAGAGAGCCGCGGACGACCUCGUGGGAGCCCAGAAAGAUCUGGUAGAGCAGAAGAAAGCGUGCGAUGCUUCAUGGGCCCAACGGCUAGAUGACGAGCGCGCGAAAUGGCGGGAGCAGAUGGCCUCCCAUUCCCUCCACCAGGUCCGAACCGAGUCGCCCGUCUCAUAUACGCGCCGGCCCAGCUAUCUGGACACCACAUCCCUGUCAGACUACCGGUCUGCCAGCCACCGUUCCUCGUCAGUGGCGCCGCCGGCAACCUUAACGUCCCCGGACGUGAUGACUCCGCCGCGGCAGAACUCGUAUCCCACGCUGUCGCUUGUCUCCCCGUCGAUGAGCCAUCCGCUGUCUAAUCCGACGAUCAUGGAGCCGCCGCAGCCACCGAAUUUUGAACCGGACGAGUUCUUCAGCGGCCCCGCGACCCCGGCGACUCAUUCCGUCUUUGGUGCCACGACGCAAACGGUCCAUUCGCGCGGCGGCCACAGCGGCGGAGCAGGCGGCAGCAGCAACGUAGGCAUCAAUGACAUAAUCUCCGAGUCGACGGUAGGUGCCGGCCCGUCGGUGCAGCUGGUGGAGCGGAUGAGCGCGACCGUGCGGCGGCUGGAGAGCGAGCGGACGGCGCUGAAGGACGAGUUGGCGCGGGUGACGGCGCAGCGUGACGAGGCGCGGCAGCAAGUUGUCGAUUUCAUGCGCGAGGUUGAAGCCAAGACGGCAUCCGAUGCGCAUGUCGCUGACCUCGAGGCCCGUCUGCAGGAGCUGGACCAGCGGUAUCAGACCACCCUCGAGAUGCUGGGCGAGAAGAGCGAGCAGGUCGAGGAGCUGCAUGCUGAUAUCGCCGAUCUGAAGAAGAUCUACCGCGAGCUGGUCGACAGCACCAUGAAGUAA